AUGAGCGCGUGUGCUGGUCGCGAGGAGGAGAGAGCGCGAGAUGCUGCUGACACAUUCCUGAAAGAUGUGCAAAAUGGCGCAAGCAUGUUGGAGUCCAGAGAGCUACCGGCUGCUAUAGUUUGGAUAAAGAGGAGUUGAUCACUGCUUUUCCAUCUUCUCUUCGCUCGCACAUCACCUUCUCUUUUUACGUCUCGUCUAAUUUUCAAUGUGAUUAAAUGGCUACCGGACGGCGCCUCCAGGCUCCAUGCUUUCUCGGAAUACUCCUCGUCGCUUUUGUCGUUAUGACAUCUGGGGCUGAGCUGUCAUUCAGCCUGGAGCCCAGUGACAUCAUUGCUGUUCAGGAACAACCUCUGAUGCUGCACUGUCAGGUGGAGGGGAUUCCACCAAUUACCACGCAGUGGAGGCGCAAUGGACAGCUGAUUUUGGAAGACCAAAACUACGCCAUUUUCACUAAUGGCACACUUUUGAUUGCCCACUUCCAGAAGACCAAGUCUGACGGCUCAUCUGAUGAGGGAGACUAUGAGUGCAUGGCCCAGAACUUCUUCGGCCUAGUCUUGAGCCGCAAAGCCAGAGUACAGGCUGCUACAAUGGCAGAUUUUCAUGUGCAGCCACGUUCAGUGCGUGCAGAGUUGGGAGGCGUUGGCCGAUUUCAAUGUCAAAUACAUGGCCUGCCCGAGCCAGUCAUCAGCUGGGAAAAAGAUGGGCGACCCGUGGAUACCUCUGAUGACAGGUAUACUCUUUUGCCCACGGGUGUAUUGCAGAUAACGGGUGUACGCCCUGAGGACAGUGGGGUGUACUGCUGUGUUGCUCACAACAGUGCUGGAGUCAAACACAGUGCAGGAGCGCAGCUCACAGUCUCAGGCUCCCAGACAUCUGUUUACAAAGAACCUGUGAUCCUAGUGGGCCCUGAAAACCUCACCCUCACUGUUCACCAGACCGCAAUCUUGGAGUGUGUCGCCACGGGCUACCCUCGGCCAAUCGUUUCAUGGAGUAGACUGGAUGGCCGUCCAAUCGGAGUUGAGGGUAUCCAGGUACUAGGAACAGGAAACCUGAUGAUCUCUGAUGUCAGAGUUCAGCACUCUGGCGUUUACGUCUGUGCGGCCAACAAACCAGGAACCCGUGUGCGCCGAACUGCUCAGGGACGCCUCGUUGUGCAAGCCCCAGCAGAGUUUGUGCAACCCCCUCAGUCCAUUGCCCGCCCGGUGGGUACCACUGCCAUCUUCAACUGUCUGGCUCAGGGUGAGCCUGUCCCUCAGAUCACCUGGCUGAAAAAUGGACAGAUCCUUGAACCUGACAGACAUGUCAAACUCAGGAACAACAACAGUACUCUGACCAUCUCCGGUAUAACCCAGGAAGAUGAGGCCAUAUAUCAGUGUAUUGCAGAGAACAGCGCGGGCUCCACGCAGGCUAGUGCUCGCCUAACUGUGCUGUGGGCAGAUGGGUUGCCUGGCGUGCCCACAGGUGUAUGUGCAGAUGCCCUUUCCCCGACCUCCAUUCAGGUGUCCUGGAACGAGCCCACCCAAAACGCUCAGGACAUCAUUGGAUACGUGCUACAUAUACGCAAGACUGCUGACCCAGUGGAGAUGGAGUACCAGGAGGCUGUGAGUAAAAUGACUCUGCAGCAGGUAAUCGGAGAACUGGAACCUUCCACCAGCUACAGCUUCUACGUGAAGGCUUACACGUCCCGUGGCGCCAGCAAAGCCUCUGAGACAACUGUGGAGAGCACUCUGGGAGAAGUUCCUGCUCCACCAGCCUUGUUCACUAAGGUGAUUAAUUCUACGGUGGUUCAGUCCUCGUGGGAGCCAUCCACUAAGAUGGGACAACAGGAAGGAUUUAAUCUCUACUACCGUAAAGUCUCAGUCCCCAUUUUUACCGGACCUCUUACCUUCCAACGUAAUGUGACCCAGUACAACAUCACUCAGCUGGACCCAUCUUUUGUUUAUGAAAUUAAGAUUCUCGCUUUCAACCAGCAUGGAGAGGGCAAUGCCACACUACGUUUUGUGUCGCUGAAGGAAGCAGUGGAGAAAUCAGUGCCAAAUACUCCUUGUGACUGUAUAAAAGAUGAACAGAAUAAAAGCUCCACCACAGGCAUCAUCAUCGGCAUCCACAUCGGAGUGACCUGCAUCAUUUUCUGUGUUCUCUUUCUCAUGUUCAGUUACAGAGGCAGGUUGAUGAUGUGUAAGACUGUGCAGGCCACCCGACAGGCAGGCCGUAACCCCACAGCAGGAGCUGUGCUCGAGUCCUCCUCCUCACCUGGAGCUCUGGCCCUGAAUGGCCCCCACAGGUUCGGCACUGAGGGGAACAGAGGACCCCAUGGUGCAAACAACUGCACCGACUCCAACGAAAUGGAGAGACUCUUCUCAGGACCAUCCCUCUUCUCCUAUCCACCUGACACCACCCACACGGUUGAGUGCUCUCUGGUCUCCUGUCCAUUCAGUGAAACUCAGAUGUCCACACUUACCCUGGAUGACUUCAGCAUAGUGGAGGAGUGUGAGGUGCAGUUCCAGCAGCAUACAGCAGAGGGCCAACAGGAUGAAGGCUGAUGAAGAAAUGAAGGCCAAGAAUUCCCCCAGUCUUCACUCAGACUCCUGUCCAACUCAGGUCAACUGAAGUAUUCACCUUUUUUUAGUUCUGUUUUUAUCAUGCAAAUAUAUUUUUUGUAAGUUAAGUACUCUAUAUGGGAAUCACUGGACUAUAAUACAAGGGGUCCCUCUGGUCUCAUAAUGGGUGUGGUUUUGUGAUGGACUGCUACUAUUUCUCAUUGGUAGGUGAACAAAAUGAUGCGCUCUAGUAAUUGCAUCCAGCAGCAGACAGAUGUGGAAGUCUCCAGAGUCUGUGUAUCUGUCAGUGAUUUUAGUAUGCUUCUUCUGCACAGCAUAGAAGUAUUUUUUUCCUGCUAUCACAUUUUAGUUUUGUUUUUUUUAAACAUUCAUUAACCUGCUGCCUGCUCUUACCCUACCAAUGGCUUCACAUGCCCAUCCAGCGGAGACCAAGGCCUUCUACCAGGGAUUUCAAAUUAUUCUCAGGAUUUUGUUUUUCAGUGAUAUCAAUGUUUUUUUGUUUUUUUUAUCGGUUUCAGCCUUCAUGAAACUUUAGACUUGGCUAUGUGAACCUUAGGAUUUGCAACGGAAAAACCUACCUCAGCUGGAAUGAAUGUCUUGUAGGAAGUCUUUGAGAUCUGCAUCUUGCUGUCUGUUAAGUUUCUAUAUACAUCAAGCAUUCAGUCAAAAGAGAAAAAGGUGCUUCUCUACCUCAGAUUUCAAGGACUGCCACUCUCCUGCUCAAGAAAAAAAAAAAUCCAACAGAUAGCACUUCCAAAUGAUGAAGUCAAUGUUCUACCUCAAAAUAACAAUGUUAUUAUUGUCGUUGUGGUUCCUUUCUCAUAUUGAAACAUAGUUUCUAUUUGUGAGAUAUUGGCUUCACUAUGUUGAUGAAUUGCUGUGUUUUGAUAUGUCAGUACCUCAUGCCAAUUGACAGAUGACAUUGUUGUAUGAAUAUUGCUUGUAAAGGCGUUUUGAUAGUGUCCUAGUAUUUGCGUAGGGGUGGUUUUGUUUCAGAUUUUUAUUUUUUUUAUUUUAAUCAUAGUCAACUCAGUUAAAUCGAAAGACAUUUUAAGACAAGCUGCACUGUUAAAAAUGACUUCAGGAUAAAAUUACUGCUUGCUACAGAGAGGCCACAAUACACCAACGCUGGAUAAAAACAUGCUGUACAAAUGAUGUCUAUGUUUAGGUAUUUGAGUGGUUUGACUUGUGCGACAGAUGAACAGGGCUCUUGAACAGAGAAUACACAAACAUAAAACAGA